AGCGAUAAUCACGUUGUAAAUAUCCGCUAGCGUACCGUUUCCGUUUCCGUAUUCUGUUUCAGUAAUUGCUUCGCUUGUACUGACGAGAGUUUAAAAGCAUCAAGAAUAAGAUUUUUGGUAUAACCCAUUACAGACAGGAGGAACUUGUGGUGCGUCUGUUUUUUGUUAAUUUGUUUUGGACUGUGUAGAAUACCGUAGUGGAUCCAGUAAUGCAGGGGAAAGGUCUGCAAGAUACCGGAAAAAUGGAUAUGCCUCUGCCUAAGCAGGAACAUUUACUUGCUUUAAAAGGUGCUGUUGUCAACCAAAUGCUGCUGAUCUACAAUACUGAGAUUGCAUGGAGCAGAACACUAGAAGACUACACUGUCAAAACAGUACAUUUUUCUUGAUAUGGAUGUUACUUUGCAUUACCGACCUCACCAAAGUAAUCUGCCCCAUUUGAUGAAGAUUACUCAGCACUUGUUGACUGAAUUUCCGACCAGACCUUUACCUACAUUUAAACCUUGGUUUUCAUGUAAUGGCACUUUUCUGAAACCAGCAAAAGCUCCUCCUCUGAUUUCUUCUAAGGAAGCAGAUCACAUCAGUCAGCUUUACAUCACACAGGAACCAGUCUCUGUACCUGGUAACAAUGAUUGGAUAAUGAAUUUACCUGAGUUCUGCCCCAUGGUAAAAUGGAAACAAAAGCAAGAGAUCCUUCGGGCACUGUCUGCAGAUGAUGCUCAUUCUGUUGAUGAGGACUCCAAGAGUACUAAAGGACUAUUAAGAAGGGCUUGGAGUGUUUCUGCUCCUCGUGGAGGACUGGUGAAAACAAAUGGGACUUUAUCGAAAGAACUCUCAUCCACUUUAGAAAGAUUAAAUCUGCACUGCCUUCACAGGGCUAAGUGGAUAAUUGAUGAUUUUAACUGCAAUGUGAUGCGAUUGACCAAGCCAACAUUGUUCACAAAUGUUCCAGUAACUUGUGAAGAUCGAGACCUGCCUGGUGACCUAUUUGAUCAUCUAUUAAAGGAAGAUCCGUCCACUGUAAAGGGAGCAGAACUACUGAAUCUUGGGGAAAUGCUGACUCUGCCUCAGAACUUUGGGAAUAUUUUCUUGGGGGAAACCUUUUCCAGCUAUAUCAGUGUGCAUAAUGACAGCAGUCAAGUAGUGAAAGAUAUUGUAGUAAAGGCUGAUCUCCAGACAAGCUCCCAGCGUUUAAACCUAUCUGCUUCAAAUGCUGCAGUUUCAGAUUUAAAGCCAGAUUGCUGCAUAGACGAUGUAAUCCACCAUGAAGUGAAGGAAAUCGGAACUCACAUCUUGGUGUGUGCUGUAAGUUAUACCACACAGACUGGGGAGAAGAUGUACUUCAGAAAAUUCUUUAAAUUCCAGGUUCUCAAGCCACUAGAUGUGAAGACCAAGUUUUACAACGCAGAAAGUGACCUCAGUUCUGUGACGGAUGAAGUGUUCCUGGAAGCUCAGAUUCAGAAUAUUACAACCUCACCCAUGUUUAUGGAGAAAGUAUCUCUGGAGCCGUCCAUAAUGUACAGUGUCACAGAACUUAAUGCUGUGAACAAAGGUGAUGAAGGGAUAUCUACAUUUGGAAAGAUGACCUACUUACAGCCUAUGGACACACGGCAGUAUUUGUACAGCCUAAAACCCAAACCAGAAUUUGCUGAGAAGGCUGGUGUUAUAAAAGGUGUAACGGUUAUUGGUAAAUUAGACAUUGUAUGGAAAACCAAUUUAGGUGAACGUGGCAGGCUUCAGACCAGCCAACUCCAAAGAAUGGCUCCUGGCUAUGGUGAUGUAAGGCUUUCACUGGAGGCAAUACCAGAUACAGUGAAUCUAGAAGAGCCCUUUGACAUUACAUGUAAAAUAACAAACUGCAGCAGUGAGAGAACCAUGGAUCUGGUUUUAGAAAUGUGCAAUACAAAUUCAAUCCAUUGGUGUGGGGUUUCUGGAAGGCAACUUGGAAAGCUUAGUCCAAGCUCUUCUUUACAUCUUAGUCUCAAGCUGUUAACCUCAGUGCAAGGUCUACAAAGUGUAUCCGGAUUAAGAUUAACAGACACAUUUCUGAAAAGAACAUACGAAUAUGAUGAUAUUGCACAUGUAUGUGUAGUUUCUUCACAUCUUAAACCAGAAAGUUGAGAUUUUAGUUCGCAUAUGUCCUUAUCCUGUGGGUAUCACUGGACCAACUUUGAAAGCAUUAAAUCAUUAAAAUUGAAAUCUAAAAAAAUUUGUCAGACAACAGUAAGCUUUAAAUUGUUUUAUCUUUAAAAAUGCAAUAGUCAUUGCUGCUUUUAAAACUUAAAAUUAUAUGUUACAUUAUGUUUUAAAGAUGUUCACUAUAUUUUAUAUAGUGAUCAGGUAAACUGAAAGUCUGAUAUUUUGUCUGUAUGCUAAUGUGAGUUAUUCCCUUAUCCAGUGGGGAAAAUGUUUUAUAUGUUUUUUGUAAAUUUAAAUUAUAGCAGAUAUGUAAAAAUUACAUAUUUAACAUUUGUGUCAUGUAUGUUUUGGCUGUUGUAUUUUAAACUGAGAUGUUUUAUUGUAAUUAAAGAAAGCAGUGAUGUCAAAA